UAUUAUUACAUACAAUAUCCUAAUGGAUGGUUUCUGUGAAGCUAAUCGGCUUAGAGAAGCGGUGGACAUCUUCUCCUUUCUCACAGCUAAAGGACUGCAUAAUGUGUGUGCUUACAACAUAAUGAUAAAAGGGUUUUGUAAAGAAGGGUUGCUAGCAAAAGCCGAUGAAUUACUGAAGAAUAUGGAGGACAAUGGAUGCUUUCCAGAUGAAUGCACCUUUAAUACACUUAUUAGAGGAUUUAUUGAUGGAAAGGACAUUAGGAGAGCAUUAGAGCUUGUCAGGUUGAUGAGAAUCAAAGAGUUUGUUGCUGAUAAUCACACAAUAUCAUCAUUUGUGGGCUUACUCGCUGAUCCAAAUAUCGGUGAUGCAGACAAAGAUUUGCUAAAAAGUUUUUGGAGAACUGAGUGAGCAAUAGUUAGGAUCAAAGGUGGAAGUAGCAAUGAAUAAAUUAUAUAUGAUCAGCUGUGACAGAGAUGUGUACACAGAUAUUGUGAGUGAGAUGUGGAUUAGUAAGUCUUAUAUUUAAUGUGUAACUUUUGAUUGAUUGUAGGAAAAAGCAUUAACAUCUGUGAUUUCGAACAUUUGAUUUUACUUCUUUUUGGGCUUGCUUUUACUUGAAUGGUGCUCAUGGAAGCAGAUGUGGAUUGACCUAUUGUAUCAAUUUGUGUGUGUUUACUUGGUA